AUGGCUAUGGCUACUGAAGAAGAAAAAUCGCUGAAAGAUGAACUUUUCCAUACAAUUGUACUUGCCGAUCGUGUCAUCAAGUGGGCACAAGAAGCUGAAUCUUUCAAAUCGGAGUGUGCUGACCUUGCAAAACAAGUUCAACGUCUCUCUCAAAUGCUCCGCUCUUGUGUCCGCCUCUCCACUCCGACCACUUCCAAUCAAUCAAUCUACGAACGCCCUAUCCGACGCGUGGCUGCUGACGUCUCCAAGAACCUUGACCGUGCGUUAACCCUUGUUCGUAAGUGUAAACACAGCGGCCUCCUCCGCCACGUCUUCUCCAUCUCCACUACCGCUGACUUCAGAAAAGUCUUCAGCCUUCUAGAAUCUUCCAUUGGCGACAUGCGUUGGCUUCUCACAAUCCUUGACUCCGACGAAACCAACCUCUCCCUCCCUCCUAUUGCCAGUAACGAUCCAAUACUCGCCUGGGUCUGGGCUUUUAUAUCCGUCAUUCACGUGGGCGAGAUUAAGGCCCGAAUCGAUGCCGCUAACGAACUCGCCUCUCUCGCACGUGACAAUAAUCGUAACAAAAAGAUGAUAGUUGAAGAAGGUGGAAUUUUGCCGUUACUAAAGCUUCUCAAAGAAGGCACGUCUGCUGAGGCGCAAAUCGCGGCGGCUCAUGCGCUGAUCAAUCUCGCUACCGACGAGGAGACGGUGAGGAUAAUUGUUAGUGUUUUUGGGGUUCCUAUAAUUGUAGGAGUUUUAGGAGAAUGUUCAAUGAAGGUUUUGAUUGUGGUUGCGACUUUGGUGGCGAGAAUUGCUGAGCUUGAUUCAGUUGCACAAGAGGAAUUUGUUAGAGAGAAUGUUACAAGGCCUUUAAUUUCAUUAUUAAGUAUGGAUAUGGUGUUGGAUAUACCUAAGCAUCAACCUCCUAAAACUAGUAUUCACUCAAUUGUUCAAAUGAAUAAGCAAAUGAUUGGCAAUUCAGCACAUAAAUAUAAUCAUCGAUCUGGGUCAAAUUCAGAUGGGAGUAGCCACAGCGGGCAACAUAAGAAGGAGAGAGAAGGUGAGACCCCGGAAGCAAAGAUUAAGGUUCAAAUUGCUUGUUCUGAGGCUUUGUGGAAACUAUCUAAAGGAAGUUUAGCUUGUGGUAGGAAAAUUACUGAGACAAAAGGAUUACUUUGUUUGGCUAAGAUUAUUGAGAGGGAAAAAGGGGAUUUGCAGUUUAAUUGUUUGAUGACGGUUAUGGAGAUUACUGCAGUGGCGGAGUCUAAUUCUGAGCUUAGACAUGGGGCUUUCAAGACCAAUUCUCCUGCUGCAAAGGCUGUUUUAGAUCAACUUUUGAGAGUUAUCCAGGAAGAAAGCGAUGCAAUGCUGCGAGUUCCUGCCAUUAGGUCAGUUGGGUCCUUGGCGAAAACUUUUCCAGCAAAGGAAAGGCGAAUUGUUAGUCCUUUGGUUGCAUUGCUUGGUAAUAAGGAUGUAGAUGUGGCAACAGAAGCAGCUAUUGCUUUGGAAAAAUUUGUGUCUCCUACUAAUUUUAAUCGCGUGGAGCAUUCUAAAUCAAUUAUUGAGUGUGAUGGGGUUCCGCCUUUGAUGAGGUUGUUGAAGGUUAAUGAUCGAGCACAAUUGAAGGGGCUUGUAUUGUUAUGUCACCUGGCACUGAAUUCUGGUGAUAGUAAGGCUCUUGAACAAGCAAGAGCAUUGAAAGCUAUUGAGGGGGCAGCUCGUUCUGUGAUACCACAAUAUCCCGAGUUAAAGGAUUUGUUUGCUGAAGCUGUGUGCCGCCUUACUCUUUAUCAGGCUGGUGCCCAUCCAAAUAUUCAGUCUUUUGCACCGUAA